AUGUCAAGAUCAACACCGAUUGUAGCUUCUACCGUUACAGUUGAGAUUGACGAUGGUCUCAUCAAUGGUGUUGGUCAUGAUACUCAUAAUUCAUUCUUGGGUAUUCCUUUUGCUCAACCACCAGUUGGAAAUUUAAGAUUCGCUUCACCACAACCACCAACUCCAUGGGGCCAAAGUGCAUACGAUGCUUCAUUCAAUAGACCCGAUUGUUUGCAAGAUUGUCAGAUGCCUGCUGGUGUAUGUCCAAAUGUAACAUCAGAGGAUUGCUUGUACUUGGAUGUCUAUGCUCCAAUUCAAGCUGAUCCAUCUGCCGGUCCAUUACCUGUCAUGAUUUUCUAUCCUGGUGGUCGUUUCACAAUGGGUGGAAUCGCUCCAUUGUAUGAAGGUGGUAACUUUGUUAACAGAUCAAGUGUAAUCCUUGUUGUAACCAACUACCGUCUUGGUGUUUUCGGAUUCAUGAUUUCACCAGAACUCAAAGGAAACUAUGGUUUUGAAGAUCAAUUACUGGCACUCAACUGGGUACAUGAUAAUAUUAAAGCAUUUGGUGGAGAUCCAUCACAAGUUACAGUUUUUGGUGAAUCUGCAGGUGGUACCAGUGCAGGUAUUCAUUUGAUUUCACCGGCAUCUGCAGGAUUGAUGAAGGGUAUCAUCAUUGAGUCCGAUCCAUUGAGUCUUCCAGUGAAGACCUACGACCAGAUGAUCAGUUUGGCAGAGGCUUUCUCAAAGGAUUUGGGUUGCAAGAUCGAUGAUCUCAAUUGUAUGUUGGGUAAAACUGGUGAAGAGAUCUUCAUUGCCUCGAAUAACACCAUGAAUAAAGUAAACAUUUUGCAUCCAUUGUUCUCAUUCUUGCCAUGGACUCCAGUGAUCGAUGGUGCUUUGAUUCCAGAUCAACCAUUGGCACUCAUCGAGAAGGGUCAAUUCAACAAAGUUCCAGUGAUGUUGGGUACUGUUUUCGAUGAAGGUUUAAUCUUCAUUGCUUCCGUCGCCACUCAAAUCUCUGCACUCGAAUACAACGGAGCUUUGCUCGAUAUCUUUGGUCGUUAUGCUCCACAGGUUCAUUCACACUACAAAUCAUCAUUCAACUCCUCUACUGGUAACUAUUUAGAUUUGAUGUCGUUGAUCGGUACAGACUUUGUAUUCCAAUGUCCAACUAGAAAGGUAGCAGUCUCUUUGACCGCUGCUGGUAUUAGCGAUGUCUAUCAAUAUCAAUUCCAACAUGUUUCAUCGUUCGAUGCCUACACCCCAAAUGGUUUCCCAAUGUGCAAGACUCAUGUCUGCCACGGAAUGGAAUUACCAUACGUUUUCGACUCUGUCAGAAGCACUGGUCAAUUCAACUUCACUGCAGAAGAACAAAUUCUCUCCGAUCAAAUGGUUGAUUACUGGACCAAUUUCGCCAAGAACAGUAAUCCAAAUAUUGGUAACACCCCAACAAUCCAAUGGCCAGCAUACACACAAUCAAACGAUAUCACUUUGGUUUUACAGACACCAAUCUCUGUAGAAUCUGGUUUGAAAAAGGAAUUCUGUGACUUCUGGGAUUCAAUUGGUUAUGAAAAGUUCGGAUCAUAUGAUCAAGAUAUUUUUGUUUGA